CAACGAAGCCCAUCGUUGGCGCCAUCUCCGACCCCACGACCUCCUCCUCCUCCUCCUUCUCCCCUCCAUCUCACCCACUAAAAUCCUCAAUCCCUGUCUCCUUGAUCUCCAAAACCUAAGAAAUCCAACUGAAACCUCGAAAAACAGCGAAAAAAAUCGGGAGAAAAGGUGGAGAAACGAUAAAAAUCUCAGCUUUUUUCCUAUUUUUAGAAGUAUUUGUUGGAUUUCCCAUUCCAUAGCUGAGAUCUCUCCUUCUUUUGCUCCGGCUUCCCUUUUUUUAGGGUUCUUUGCUUUGCUGGGCAGCGGUGAUGGGGUGCGUGAUGUCGAAGAAGGCGGCGCCGGUGACGCCGGCGUUGGAUUCGUCCGGUGGGCCGUGGGAGGCGCAGGGAACGGGGGAUGGUGCGGUGCUGUCGCUGUGGGAUCGAAUCAAGGUGGGGAGUGAGUUAAUGGAUCAGUCCGCGAGGGUGAGCUCGUAUGGUGGGAGCUCGAGGAGUUUUCGAUUGGGGAAUUUUCACAAACACGUUGUAGGCGAGCAGGUCGCCGCCGGCUGGCCUUCUUGGCUUAGUGCUGUCGCCGGAGAAGCAAUCAAAGGAUGGGUUCCUCUCAAAGCUGAUUCUUUUGAGAAGUUAGAGAAGAUUGGACAAGGUACAUACAGCAGUGUGUUUAAAGCGCGCAAUUUGGACACCGGAAAAAUUGUUGCUCUGAAGAAGGUUCGAUUCGAUAACUUUGAGCCAGAAAGUGUUCGUUUUAUGGCACGGGAAAUACAGAUCCUUCGCAGACUUGACCAUCCAAAUGUUAUAAAAUUGGAAGGAUUAAUUACAUCUCAUCUCUCAUGUAACAUGUAUCUAGUUUUCGAGUACAUGGAACAUGAUCUUGCAGGGCUAGUAUCAGCUCCUUCUGUCCAAUUCUCCGAAGCUCAGGUCAAGUGUUACAUGCAACAGAUAUUAUCUGGACUUGAACAUUGCCAUUCGCUCGGCGUAAUGCAUAGAGACAUCAAAUGCGCAAAUCUUCUUGUGAGUGAAGAGGGAAUUGUCAAAGUUGCAGACUUUGGUUUGGCAAACUUCUUGAAUCCUGAGCGCAAACAACCGUUAACUUGUCGUGUUGUGACUUUAUGGUAUCGCCCCCCGGAGCUUCUCCUCGGUUCAAUGGAGUAUGGAGCAAGUGUGGAUUUAUGGAGUGUUGGUUGUGUUUUCGGGGAAAUGCUACUCGGUAGGCCUAUUUUACAGGGAAGAACAGAGGUAGAACAACUGCAUAAAAUUUUCAAGCUGUGUGGAUCACCACCGGAUGAAUACUGGAAGAAGUCAAAACUACCCCAUACAACACUCUUCAGGCCUCAGCAUAAUUAUGAGAAUUGCCUCGGAGAAUAUUUUCGGAACUUAUCGUCUAGUGCAUUGAGCUUGUUAUCAACUUUUCUCUCUGUUGAACCUUACAAGCGUGGCUCCGCAUCAACUGCUCUAGCCUCUGAGUAUUUUAGAACAAAGCCUCAAGCUUGUGAACCAUCAAGUUUACCUCGCUACCCACCUACUAAAGAGAUCGAUGUUAAAAGACGUGAGUCACACAGGAAAAAGGUAGGCAGCAAAAGGCAUCUUGAGUUAGAAGCAACAAGAAAACCUUCAAUAGCACCCAGAGCUUCAAGAGAAGCAAACAGCCUGUGUGAAUUUUCUUAUCAAUAUGAGGGGCCAAGAAUCAAAAGUCGCGGAAUCUAUGAUAAAGAUCUCCCUAGACUAAAUAUCCAAUCCAGAGCUUCUGUAGAUACACAGCCGGCCUCAGUAGUUAAUCUCCGGUGUGAUCAUCAACACAUCAAGAAUCUCUCCCAAGAAGAUCCGUCGGACUCUGGACCUUUACGAGUUUCUAUGUCUAGCGGCUUUGCAUGGGCAAAGAAACAAAGAGAAGAUCAUGCAUGUGGCUUGAGAAACAAUAUUACCAAUCAAUUGGAAUCAUUAAGCAUCUCACAAGAUUACAAAGACAAAGUCAAUUCCAGAGUUCAAAAGCCAUCUGAGCUUUCAAGGAAUGCUAUGUUAAGACACUGGACACAGUUAGAACAGCAAGACUCAUUUAAUGCCGAUGAUCUCUACCGCCCUAAUAGAUUGUCUAGAGAUCAAUACGGGAGAGAUUCGGUCUCAUUUAAGCACAGCAUUCUGGAUGAACAAAAUCAAGGAGGGAAAAUCGGGUUCUCUAGUGCUAUACUGUCUCGGUCGUGUAAAAUCGAUGAAUUGUUAGUGAGACGUGUGUGUCACAUCCAGGAAGCAGACUGUAAAUCAUGGAUACAAAGAGAAAGAAAGCAAGGCCAAUAAACAAGCAAGCAAAACAUCCAUCAGAUACCACAGAGGAGCAUCAAGAUUCCAUGAUGAAAGUGAUCUCUUCUGCAUCAAGAACCCUUUGAUGUUGAAAUUUAUAUUUCAUUCCAGUGAGAGUUUUUAUGUCUUAAGGAUGAUUCUUUACAACACUGACAGAUUCAGAGGUUCAUAUGUGUUGAUGGACGAAACAGUGCUUUUCGGAAAGUUUAAAUGAGCAUUUUUGAAAUGAGGAAGCAAGACUUUUUUUCUUUUAUAUGCAGAGCCAUAUUUGCUACAUAUGGCUUUUUGUAUGUUCGGAAUGUUAAAAGUCCGUUGGAGAUGCAGUGUGAAUGAUUUCGAAGCCAUGUACAGAGUUUAUUUAGUUUUAGAGUAAGAACAUAUGAUGGACAAACAUGAAGUACUUCAUUGGUGAGAAAUGUCUCAAUUCUUUUUAAAGAAAUCAAUGUGAAACAAAAAAUAUUCUUCGAUUUCCA